AUGUUUUACUCCGGCUGGCAAUUUCCCACGCCGCAGCGCAUCGUUGCGAGCGACAGCCAGCAGGAUGCCAAUUAUUUCAUUCAGGAGACGUGCAGCCCCGGCAUCUGUCUCAUCCACUUUCUCUCCACAAGCAUGCGGCCUGGCGUUUCUGCGUCCGCCGCUGCCGCCGCUGCAUCCGCGGCCUCUCGAAGGGAGAACAAUGGGCGCAUCCACCUGAAGAGUGAUGUUCCGAUUCACCCGUACAGUGGCGUGUUUUACUUCGAGGUGGAGGUUCGGUCCAUCGCGACGGCAGGCAGAAACGGCCGCAACUCUGUUAUGAGCUUGAGCGAGCCCGAACUCGUCAUUGGUAUCUGCCGCGAAUCGCUUCCUCAGCACGCGCUGCCAGGUGAAGAGGCGUGGAGCAUCGGUCUUUUUACUGCCCAGCGCAUGGCGUAUAUAAACGGCAAGGGCGAAGGCGAAGCUGUGCGCUUCCCCACCGGCGCACGUCAACGCAACAGCAGCACCGCAGCAGGGAACUCAGAUGAUUAUCGUGCAAGAGGGAUGAAAGUUGGGGACACAGUUGGAUGUAUUGUAAACCUCAUGGACGGCACAGUACGCUUUACCUUCAAUGGUGAGCUUCUGGACGUCGUGGGCACACUGAGUCGACGAAUGCCACGGCACGGCUACUACCCCGCCGUGGGCAUGUUUCGACUUCUUCCUGCAGUUUCAUUGAGAGUUGUGUUUCCGCCGUUGGGUAGGGCGGCGUCUAUACUGCGGCCUCCCAUGAAGGAAAAGGUCCCGCCACCACCACCACCGCCGCCACCGCCACCACCAGCUGCUGCUGCUGCUGCUGCAGUCACAACAAUAACAACAGCUACAGCCGCAACCACCGCGGCGGUGCCGGAGUCGGGAACUGUUGCUGCUGCUGCUGCUGCGGCGGUGGCGGCUGGUGGUGUGACUACUGCGUUUUCUCCUCAACAGGAAAUGAGGACGACGGCGGCCGGGUAUUUUGUUUUUAAUAUGGACAAGUACUGUGAGAGCAUUGCAGAGGAGUUGGUUCGACUGCACCAGAAAAAGACGGCGGCCGAUCUGGAAAACGAGCGCGAGGAGGACAGCACUUGUUCUUGUCGUGAUGCAAAUAUUAUGGCAGCCAUCAGAAAACACUUGGCAGCACGGGGGAUGACAAAGGCGUUGUCCGCUUUUGAGAAGGAGCGAGAAGAGUUGCAGUGCGCUACUGCCGCCACCCGCGUCUCCUCUCCCCUUCAGGAAGGAAUGGGAUCGCAGAGUGCGGAAGAGACACAUGCCACACGAGGGGAAGACAACUCAAAGAAAAGUUCAAGAGGCGCCCUUCCCGGUGGUAGCGGCAGCUCACUAAACAAAAUAAGCAGCAAAUUAGUGGAAGAAGAAUGCCAAGGCAUCUCCUACAGCCUUCAUAUCCAACAGCUGCGAGAAGACAUUGGUCGUGGGGAUAUGAUCUCCGGCACGCAGCGUAUUCUUGCCGCCGGUGUCAUCUCCCCCACAACGCGCGAAAAAAUUGCUUCUGUGACUGAGGACGUUAAUUUGCUGCCCAACGACUUUUGGGGCAUUAUUUUCUUUGCGCAGCGUAGGGACAUCCUCUUCUUGCUGCGUGCAGCACAUUUAGUGGAGGUGACUCUGGACGCCAUGGAGAAGGGACUUGGUGCGCUGCUUUCUCGCCUUAUUGGAAUGGAGGAACCAAACAGGGGCGCAACGGGCGACAGCACGGGAGCGACAUCCGUGAAGACGCCUAUUACGACUGCGGAGCUAAUGAGGCUUGCGCUUCACAUCCUCCUUGAGCCAUUUGAAGAGGUCUCGGCGGCCGCCAGGCACCAUCAACGUGCCUCCUCUGUGGGGGCGCGGACAGGGGACGCAGCCGCCUUUGGAAUGCUCGACGAAACCCUUGCAAAGGGAGAGUCCAAAUGGCCGUGCGAUGACCUCGCAGCACAUCUCUUUUUCACAGGGGACAAGACAUUAUGGUCCGGACCAGAGGCACCGGUCACGCUGUUGGUGCGCCGAAGUGUCCCGAACAUGCCACCACCCAAGCCAAAACACCAACGGCAAAUUGUUGAAACACUCUCCAUGUUGUUGUCUCAUCAACGUGCUGUAUGCGCCCGGGAAGAGGAGCAGCAGUAUGCAAAUGAGAACCGUACGUGGGUAGAAAGCUGGCUGCUGCUUGUAAAAGACGCUAAGAUUCAAUAUCGUGCCCGUUGUUGGUGUCUUCUUCUUCAUGCCAUCGAGGAUUUCAAUGGUGCCUUGGAGUAUCGACUUCUUGUCUGGCAACGUAGGCACGAGGAGGAGAUGCGGGAAGCUGAAAAGGGAGGCGGCCUGGGCCGUCACGGUGCCACCACACAUCAUCGAGAAGGCGCUGGUAGGCGGCUAUUCCCUUCACUACGGUCAGCAUGGCGUCAUGUGCAUGCUGCGGCCGCGCUAGAGCCUUUGUUCAACAUUGUAACAAAGGCCUUUAGUGACCGGCUUUAUCGCGCAUCCACGGCCGCACAACUUGCUACAAUGGCAGCACAAAACGGUAGAUCAUCCACCUUUGAAAAGGGCCCGAAGAGGAACCUCUCCUUCCGAUGUGAUUUUAUGAAUAGUGAGGAGGAUGAGGGACGAUAUGAACAUGGCCCUCAUACAGGUGAAUUAGCAUCAGAGUUCGGGAGUACCCUUACGGCAAGAAACAACAACAACAAAAACGAGUUGCUCAAGAAGAAGUCGUGCUACAAUGAUGAUGUCCGCUUGAGCUUUCUUUAUAUGAAAAGUAUAUACAGGGCUGUUUUUGCCUAA